AUGUUACAUACUCUUUGGCCAAGACAAAGCGGAUAAAGACCGGUCUCAAUGAAAUUUUAUUGAAAAAUACUAAAAUACAACUGAAAGUAAAAACAAAUUAAGUAGAAUGAGUAAUAUUUUUAAGCUAAAGUUAACUGCUCUCGGUCAUCCUAAUCCAGAAGCCUUUAAUUGCGAAGAUGAAAAAGAGUAUAGAAGUGUAGUGCUUUGGCUGGAAGAUCAGAAGAUCAGGCAUUAUAAAAUAGAAGAACGGGAAGGUCUAAGAAACAUAGAGAGUGAUCAGUGGAAGAGAGCGUAUGAUACAUAUCAAACAGAUUUGGUGAGCCCCGUAGUCCAAGGACUGCCGAAUGAGCAAUUAAAUUGGCUCUUGUCCUACGCUGUUAGAUUAGAGUAUGCUGAUAAUGUGACUAAAUAUAAGAAUGUUAAAGUGGAAGAACCAAAGAAGGCAACUCCCAAUGUUGUAUCUUCAAACCCACUGGAUAACCUUGAUUUCAGCAGUCCAACAUUCAAAGCAGGGGUUGAAAGGAUCUGUGCACUGGCUGGAGUGGGCCCCCACCCAGAUCCUAAAUUUCGUUUGGCAGCUGUUGCUAAGAUAUUAAAAACUGCACCUCAUCCUGAUCAUCCUAGAAAUGAAUUCAACAUGGUGAACCAACCAGUUGAUGUACUGAAACUGCUCUUUAUACAAGAUCUGAGGGAGCUUCAAACAAAGAUCAAUGAAGCUUUAGUUGCCGUUCAGACUGUCACAGCGGAUCCACGCACAGAUACUAAACUGGGCAGAGUUGGAAGAUAAAUUAUUACAUCAUACAGCCAAAACCUUUUAUAACAUCAAGAAUACACUUGGAUAACAUGCUGGGACUUACGGUUUUCAUUAUUAUAACCAAUAUUGUUAUAAAAGGUUUUGACAAAUGUAUUUAAUAAAGUAACAGCAAUGAAAAAUAUAAUAAUGAUAUUUAAUCAA